AAGCAGGGCGAAACUUCCUAUCUUGUCCAUAUUCUGGACUACCGUGUCCCUGGUCAGAAAGACUAGCGCAAGUCUUUAUUAAGAUUAAUACCAGAGACAAGUCUGAGCCUCCAUACUUUUCUGACGAGAUUGGUGUCAAAUCUCCCACCAAGUAUAUUCUGAAGAACAUUAUAUAUACAAUCCCACAAUGAACCAAGAAUUCUUUACAUAUCUACCAUCGGAACUCAUCAUCAACAUUCUCUCAAGACUUCCCAUUCGAACCAUCAUAAGUUGCAAGUGUGUUUGCAAGUCAUGGCACAACCUACUUGACACUCCCGAAUUCGCAAAAUCCCAUCUUUCCAUAUCAGUCCCCGGGCUAAUCCUCUACGAAUCCCGGGGACACUUGGAAUCCCGGAGACUCUUGGCAUACAUGGAAAUAAUUGAAUUUGAAGAUGAACUCGAUCUUGAGGCCCACGAGCUUCACUACAAUCCAGUCACUGAAAUUAGCUGCAGGGAAUUCAUUAAUGAAGAAUAUCCUGGUUUAGGAAUACAGGGUUCUGCUAAUGGUUUGGUUUGCUUCCGGAAAAUAGGCCAACAUCCUGAGACUGUUUACGUUUGCAAUCCAAUCACUCGUGAUUAUAUCCAGCUUCCAACUCCUGGAACUAUCUGGCACUACCCCACAAUAGUCACUUAUGGAUUUGGGGCCAGCAAAACCAGUGGCCAACACAAGGUUGUCAGGAUUUACCAUGAAUGUAGACGUGACCCCGACACACAUAAAUUGCUGGGAAUUCCCAAGUCCGAGUGUUGGGUUUACACUCUUGGAACAGGAUCAUGGAGGAGAAUUGCUCCAGGUCCGAAGUUGGAGUACAACUGUCGUUCCACUGGGGCUUUUCUGAAUGGAAAUCUUCACUGGUUGGUGACAGAUUUAGAGGGCACUGAUUGGAUAUCUUGUCUUGAUCUUGAGACAGAAGUUUUUAGCACCUUUUCUCCUCCUCCUGCUAUUCCGGAAAGAAGCAGAUUUCUUGGGGGGCUUACGGUUUUGGGGGAUUGUCUGUGUAUGUGCGACAACACGUCUGAUGAUGAAAUCGUGAUCUGGUUGAUGAAGGAAUACGGGGUGGAGAAAUCUUGGACGAAAGAAUUCGUGAUCAGCAAAGUCCCAAAUUACGCAGGGAAAUCUUACGAGGUGGUUUACCCUAUCAAAAUCUUCAAAGAUGGAGACAUUUUGAUGGCGUGGCAGGAGUUUAACCUGUUCUACCACUCCCUCAAGAAUAAAACUACUGCAAACGUUGAUAUACCUAAACUGCACACCACAAUGACCACAUACAGUAAGGAGGCAAUGCUUCACACCCCAACCUUUCUUUCACUCCAAAGUUUCGCAAUGGAGAACGUCUGCUCAUUCUGAGAGAUGGAGAUGGAGAGGGUCAGGCCCAAUAGGUCUCCGGUAGAAUCUGUUGUGGUGGAUAUGGGCCUGAUUUGAGGUUCACACCAUGUCUCUUUUUAGACCCAAAUCUGUCUGUUUAACAUUGUCAUUGCAUUUAUGUAAUUUUUGUUUAGUAAUAACAGCACCAUCCCCCACA